CGCUGUGUUGCUAUGAGGCGCGCGGAGGCGGCCAUGUUGGCCAUGUUCGUGUCAAUGGGAAAGUAAAGAAGCGACCGGGUUCGUUUACGGUCCGAUACUCGAGCCGAGCCUCCCAAAGCGAGUCUCUGGCCGAGCUCCGUCGCAGAGUCAGAUUUACUGACAUUAUCAUCCGAAUUCAUACCAACAUCUGAGCUGCGUGUCAUCGUGAACCCGGGUUAGCCGAGCUUCCUCAGCCGAAGGCAUGGCUCGCUAUACGCGGCUCUAGUUCUAUCUUAUAAUGCCUUUUGCCCGGCCACUGCAUUCCUGGCACAAAAUGGAGGUGCACAGCUUUAGCGGCGAGAUCAACGGGCAUCAGGUCGGAGAUGAGCCGAUGGAAGAGGGAGAAUCGUGCACACACUGUGAUGAAGGGUCGUACAAGGAGAUCCCCAUCACUCAUCACGUAAAGGAGGGCUGUGAAAAGGCUGACCCUUCUCAGUUUGAGCUGCUCAAAGUACUGGGCCAGGGAUCGUUCGGAAAGGUGUUCUUGGUGAGGAAGAUAAUGGGCCCAGAUGCUGGUCAGCUGUAUGCAAUGAAAGUGCUCAAAAAGGCAUCGUUAAAAGUGAGGGACAGGGUUCGCACAAAGAUGGAACGAGAUAUUCUGGUUGAAGUGAACCAUCCCUUCAUUGUGAAGUUGCACUAUGCCUUUCAGACCGAAGGGAAGCUGUAUUUAAUUUUGGAUUUUCUCAGGGGUGGAGAUGUAUUUACUCGCUUAUCCAAAGAGGUUAUGUUUACAGAGGAGGAUGUGAAAUUCUACCUUGCAGAGCUGGCCCUUGCAUUGGAUCACCUUCACAACCUAGGCAUUGUGUACAGAGACCUGAAGCCUGAAAACAUUUUGCUUGAUGAAGCUGGACAUAUCAAGCUAACAGACUUCGGGCUCAGUAAAGAAUCAGUAGACCAUGAUAGGAAAGCGUACUCUUUUUGUGGCACUGUGGAAUAUAUGGCCCCUGAGGUGGUCAACAGGAGAGGACACACGCAGAGUGCUGACUGGUGGUCUCUUGGGGUUCUAAUGUUUGAAAUGCUGACCGGGACGUUACCAUUUCAAGGGAAAGACCGGAACGAGACAAUGAACAUGAUCCUUAAGGCUAAAUUGGGAAUGCCACAGUUUUUAAGCUUGGAAGCGCAGAGUCUUUUAAGAAUGCUGUUCAAAAGGAACCCAGCAAAUCGUUUAGGCGCCGGUCCAGAUGGCGUCGAGGAGAUAAAACGACACACCUUUUUCUCGACCAUAGACUGGAACAAACUGUACCGGUGCGAACUUCAGCCUCCUUUCAAACCAGCAGCAGGAAACCCAGACGACACGUUCUGCUUUGACCCGGAGUUCACAGCAAAAACCCCAAAGGACUCUCCAGGCAUUCCUCCGAGUGCAAACGCACACCAGCUCUUCAAAGGCUUCAGCUUUGUCGCGCCGGUCUCCCUGGAGGAGAGCAAGAGCUCCCCUCUAGUUAACAUCCUCCCCAUUGUUCAGAUGCAUAGCGGCAUGUCGCAGUUCUCCGACGUAUAUGAGCUGAAAGAGGACAUCGGCGUGGGCUCAUACUCCAUAUGCAAGCGCUGCAUCCACAGAGUCACGACUAUGGAGUUCGCAGUGAAGAUUAUAGACAAAAGUAAACGAGACCCUUCGGAGGAAAUCGAAAUUCUCAUGCGGUACGGCCAGCACCCAAAUAUCAUCACGUUGAAGGACGUGUAUGACGAGGGGCGAUUUGUAUAUCUGGUAACGGAGCUAAUGAAAGGAGGAGAGCUGUUGGAUAAGAUUCUUAGGCAGAAGUUCUUCUCGGAGCGAGAAGCGAGCGCUGUGCUUUACACCAUCACCAAAACGGUGGACUACUUGCACUGCCAAGGGGUGGUUCAUAGGGACCUGAAGCCCAGUAACAUUCUGUACAUGGACGAUUCGGGGAACCCCGACUCCAUCCGAAUCUGCGACUUCGGCUUCGCCAAGCAGUUGAGGGGGGAUAACGGCCUCCUGCUCACACCGUGUUACACUGCAAACUUCGUAGCGCCUGAGGUGUUGAUGCGUCAGGGUUAUGAUGCAGCCUGUGACAUCUGGAGUCUCGGGGUUCUUCUUUAUACCAUGUUAGCUGGGUACACGCCCUUUGCGAACGGCCCCAAUGACACCCCAGAGGAGAUUCUGUUGCGCAUCGGCAGUGGCAAGUUCUCUCUCAGUGGAGGAAACUGGGAUACCGUCUCUGACUCCUCAAAGGAUCUUUUGUCUCACAUGCUUCACGUGGACCCUCAUCAGCGGUAUUCGGCCGAGCAGGUACUGAAACACUCGUGGAUCGCCUGCCGGGACCAGCUGCCCCAUUUCCAGCUCACCCGACACGAUGCACCUCAUCUAGUUAAGGGAGCGAUGGCCGCCACAUACUCCGCGUUGAAUCAUAAGACAUGCCAGCCAGUCCUGGAACCUGUGGCAGCUUCUAGUUUAGCCCAGCGCAGAAGCAUGAAGAAGUUAACUUCCACUGACAUGUUGUGAACAGAAGAAUCUUCACAUCACUGUGUUCUCUCCUCCCCAUGUUGUCUUUUUAUUCGUUUGCUCCUGUCCCCGCUGUCUGGCGUCAUUCCUCCGCUCCUGCACAGUGUCUAAUGUCUAACUUUUUACAUCAGGAAGGCUGUUUAGCAAGGUAUAGACUGAGAGACUGCCCUGCAGUGCUGCUGUGUGUUUUUUCUCUCCCAUUUUUCUCUUUUUUUUUUUUUUUUUUUUUUUUUCUCUCAAUCAUUCUUCAUUUUUCUUUCUCCCUCUUUCCCACUAAGUGGAAAAACAACACCAGCGCCUAUUCUCAUUCACUGUGACUGGCUGACCUAAAGCUGCUUUAAGUAAACUGUGCUAUGCCUUCUUUCCCUAGUUUAAAGCAUCUCUGUUCAUUUUCCACUCCUCCUCUCCUUCCUCUACUCCUGUCUCUCGACAGUUUAUCAGUGAGGGAAGGUGCGAUUCUGGAAGUGCCCAGUCUAUUAAAGCCAUUCAGCAUGUGGCUGGAGGAAUCCGGUGUAUCUGAACCACUCAAUGUUACCUCAAGUCGAGUUGACGAGCUGUAAGCGGAGACUUCUUUUAAGCUUUCCAUGAGUGUAUAUAGAUAGAAUCUAGCGCCAGAGAGAUUGUCAAACACACCGACCCGAUCAACCCCAAUCAUAUCAAUUAUAUUUAAGCACAUUUGCACUGAAGCUUGGCACGUUGUUGCUUUUUUUUUUUUUUUUUUUUUUUUUUCUUCUCCCCCCCCCCCAUACCCAAACUACAUUCUUUUUUUUCUUUUUUUUUUUAAUUUUCAAUUUGUGUUAACUUUAAAAAAAUAAUAAUAAUAAUAAUAAGCUAAAGAUGAAAUAAUAGAAGCUAUCAAAGGUCAAUGAAUGUGGACCAGAGUUCGUAGUGUUGGAUCCAGUAUUAGGUGAACCAAGGACUCAUGGGAUUUAUUUGCUGACGCUCCCAGAGCAGCCAUUUAUCCAUUUUUAUAUAUAUAUAUAUAUAAUAUAAAAUGGAUAAUCGACUGUGCAUAUGUGUAUAUAUUUAUGGAUAUGUAUAUGUGUGUACAUAUAUCCAUAAAUAUCUCAAAAAAGAAAUUGUGGAAAUUGUACCAUAUUGUAUUUAUUUCAUUUAAUUUUUAAGAUUCUAUUUUUCUUUCCAUUUCUGUAUAUAUUAGCAUUAAAGCUCACAAAACAUGCA